CCCGUAGAAGUCUCCGCGGCCCUGGGGCUGCUUGCUUCCUGUUUGUCGGACGAGGAGACAUGGCGGCGGCGCCGGCGGCUGUAGGGUCUGGGGCCAGCCGAGGGCGACGGGCAGCAGGAACGGUGGCGGCUUGGGGCGGAUGGGGCGGCCGGCCGCGACCCGCUAACAUUCUGCUGCAGCUGCGGCAGGGCCAGCUGACCGGCCGGGGCCUGGUCCGGGCAGUGCAGUUCACUGAGACUUUUUUGACGGAACGGGACAAGCAGUCCAAAUGGAGUGGAAUUCCCCAGCUGCUCCUUAAGCUGUAUGCAACCAGCCACCUCCACAGUGACUUUGUUGAGUGCCAAAACAUCCUCAAGGAAAUUUCUCCUCUACUCUCCAUGGAGGCUAUGGCAUUUGUUACUGAAGAGAGGAAACUUACCCAAGAAACCACUUAUCCAAAUACAUAUAUUUUUGACUUGUUCGGAGGUGUUGAUCUUCUUGUAGAAAUUCUUAUGAGGCCUACAAUCUCUAUCCGAGGACAGAAACUGAAAAUAAGUGAUGAAAUGUCUAAGGACUGUUUGAGCAUCCUGUAUAAUACCUGUGUCUGUACGGAAGGAGUUACAAAGCGUUUGGCAGAAAAGAAUGACUUUGUGAUCUUCCUUUUUACAUUGAUGACAAGUAAGAAGACAUUCUUACAAACAGCAACCCUCAUUGAAGAUAUUUUGGGUGUUAAAAAGGAAAUGAUCCGACUAGAUGAAGUCCCCAAUCUGAGUUCCUUAGUAUCCAAUUUCGAUCAGCAGCAGCUUGCUAAUUUCUGCCGGAUUCUGGCUGUCACCAUUUCAGAGAUGGAUACAGGGAAUGAUGACAAGCACACACUUCUUGCCAAAAAUGCUCAGCAGAAGAAGAACUUGAGCUUGGGGCCUUCUGCAGCUGAAAUCAACCAAGCGGCCCUUCUCAGCAUCCCUGGCUUUGUUGAGCGACUUUGCAAGCUAGCAACUCGAAAGGUGUCAGAGUCAACGGGCACAGCCAGCUUCCUUCAAGAAUUGGAGGAGUGGUACACGUGGCUAGACAAUGCUUUGGUGCUAGAUGCCCUGAUGCGAGUGGCUAAUGAAGAAUCGGAGCACAGUCAAGCCUCCAUUGUGUUCCCUCCUCCAGGGGCUUCCGAGGAGAAUGGCCUGCCUCACACUUCAACUAGGACCCAACUGCCUCAGUCAAUGAAGAUUAUGCAUGAGAUCAUGUACAAACUGGAAGUGCUCUAUGUCCUCUGUGUCCUGCUGAUGGGCCGUCAGCGAAACCAGGUUCACAGAAUGAUUGCAGAGUUCAAGCUAAUCCCUGGGCUUAAUAAUUUGUUUGACAAGCUGAUUUGGAGGAAGCAUUCAGCAUCUGCCCUUGUCCUCCAUGGUCACAACCAGAACUGUGACUGUAGCCCGGACAUCACCUUGAAGAUACAGUUUUUGAGGCUUCUCCAGAGUUUCAGCGACCACCACGAGAACAAGUACCUGCUGCUCAACAACCAGGAACUGAAUGAACUCAGUGCCAUAUCUCUCAAGGCCAACAUCCCUGAGGUGGAAGCUGUCCUUAACACCGACAGGAGUUUGGUGUGUGAUGGGAAGAGGGGCUUAUUAACUCGUCUGCUACAGGUCAUGAAGAAGGAACCAGCUGAGUCAUCUUUCAGGUUUUGGCAAGCCCGGGCUAUGGAGAGCUUUCUGCCUUGGGGUGGCAGCCACCUUCCUACCUUCACCCUGUCCUCUCCCACCCCCCAGCACAUCCUGUACUGCAUUGUGGACAGUGAGUGCAAGUCAAGGGAUGUGCUCCAGAGUUACUUUGACCUCCUGGGGGAGUUGAUGAAGUUCAACGUUGACGCAUUCAAGAGAUUCAAUAAGUACAUCAACACUGAUGCAAAGUUCCAGGUGUUUCUGAAGCAGAUCAACAGCUCGCUGGUGGACUCUAACAUGCUGGUGCGCUGUGUCACUCUGUCACUGGACCGAUUUGAAAACCAAGUGGACAUGAAAGUUGCCGAGGUCCUGUCCGAGUGCCGCCUCCUUGCCUACAUAUCACAGGUGCCCACUCAGAUGUCCUUCCUUUUCCGCCUCAUCAACAUUAUCCAUGUGCAGACGCUGACCCAGGAGAACGUCAGCUGCCUCAAUACCAGCCUGGUGAUCCUGAUGUUGGCCCGACGGAAAGAGCGGCUGCCCCUGUACCUGCGGCUGCUGCAACGGAUGGAGCACAGCAAGAAAUAUCCCGGUUUCCUGCUCAACAACUUCCAUAACUUGCUGCGCUUCUGGCAGCAGCAUUACCUGCAUAAGGAUAAGGACAGCACCUGCCUGGAGAACAGCUCCUGCAUCAGCUUCUCAUACUGGAAAGAGACCGUGUCCAUCCUGCUAAACCCGGACCGCCAGUCACCUUCUGCCCUUGUCAGCUACAUUGAGGAGCCCUACAUGGACAUAGACAGGGACUUCACCGAGGAGUGACCUUGGGCCAGGCCUCGGGAGGCUGUUGGGCUAGGGCUAGUGUGGGCGAGUGUGGGUACACGUGCCGCACUCCCUGCCCUGUUCCCACCCCUGCCUUCCUGCUGCUGUCUGCCUGCCCCACGUCUUUGGGUACAGACUUGGUGGGAGGGGAUGUCUAGAAGCCCUUGGCCUCUGCGUCUGAGGGCCCCAGUUCCUGGGAGACCUCAGUUCCUUCAAGAUCCCCAUGAUGAAGACGGGCACUGUGCCUACCUUUCAGAACUUUGGGGCCUUGGCCCACCUGGAGGUAAGGGGACUUUUAAGAGUAGCUCUGUCUGAGCGCCUGCCCAGUCUCUUGGCCGUCAGUCCUGGGGUGGGGAGAGUGAUGGGCACCCUCCCCUGUGAGCCAAGCCCGCCCUGGCCUUUGGACCCAGGCAAAGGCUUCUGAGCCCUGGGCACAGGUGGGGGAUACCAGAGAAUACUACCUUCCCCCAAGCCUGCCCAUCUGCCCCUCCCUCAUUUUCCUUUAGCUCUUCUGGUUCUGUUUGCUCAUUGGCCGCUGUGUUUGUCCAGGGAUUUCCCCCUAGAUGUGGGGGACCUUUUCCUUCCAUACCUUGGGACACGGGGUAGCCGUGCCCUGCCCCGGCACCUGUCCCAGGGCAGCGUCUCCUGCCUGAGCCCAGACACACAGGAGCCUGCCUGGGAGCACACCCUUGGCCCCUCCUUGUGUUGCCAAUUUAUUAACAACAAAUAAACCAAUUAAAUGGAGACUAUUAAAGAACUUUAUUUUAAA